AUGAAGAUGAACAGCUUCUUAAUAUCAAAAUCUGAUGAUGCGGCGUACGAGAGCGUUGAGGGCGAUGAGGAAGACGCAAGUCUCGAAGGACAACCUCAAAACACCUCCAAUCUCAAGAUGCUCUUGAAGAUCCAGCAAUGGGGUGUUGCAGUGACAUGUAUCUCUAUUUUCAGUACAGCCCUUAUCGCAACAAUCCUUCUGCUCCAUCUCGCGCAAACGUCUCGACUUGGACGAUAUGCAAAUAAUAGCCCGACCAAAGGAGCACAUCCAGAGGCUACAGCGAUAGGGAACUUUACUAUCGGCUUUGAUGGAUGUGGAAGUUCGCCAUCCGAAGCCAGAUCAUUGGGCUGCUCCUUUGACAUAUUCGCAAAUGCCUGGAUUCCCGCUUCCUGUUACAAUGCUCUUGUGGCAUCUGACUCCGAGUCUGGGAACACUUACCCUAUAUUCUGGGACUCAAAUCAUACUCACCCUGCGACUCAAGAAGACAUGGAACUUGCGGCAUUUGCCAACAGCAGAGAUAUAACUAGCUUACAAUACUUCCAUGCCGCUAGUGAAUGGCACGUUGCACACUGUUUGCAUUUAUGGCGGUUAGCUGCGAGCGCGGCCGAAUCUCUUACAAAGGGGGUCAAAGGCGUGGGUAUAUACGCUAAAGCGGCUGAUCUACACCAUGCAAUGCACUGUAGCAAAAUUAUCAUGGGGUUCGGUCAAAAGGCUGGGAAGGAUGGUGCUAUAGCACCUGUUAUUGGUAGAUGUGUUGGUAUGGAUGAGAUGUGGAAUCUUUCUUAUGGGAAAAUGUGA